AUAUUGACAAAUUAGGUGGGUAAAAAUGGCUAAAUUUAAAGACCCAAGAUAUUUUAUACUUGAAACUAUCUCUAUUGAAUCUGAUAAGAAUAUACAGGAAUCUAGGCUACCAACUGCUCGUCAGGUGCUUUUAUGUUUUCUUGCACACUUCACCACAAAAUCUAAGAAAGGUGCUGCAAAUGAAACAAUUAAAUCAGUUCUACUAAUUUAUAAUUAGGCAAAAAUAAAAAAGAUUAAGUCAAAUAAAAUGGCAGAAGAAAUCAUGACAUUAUUUGAGGAGUCUGUUAAAAAUUAAUCAUGCCCAUAGAAACACUGACAAGAAUACCCAAAAAUUAUUGGAUUGAAAGACAAGCUAACAAAAACAACAAGGUUCUGGUCACAUGAUGUGCUAGAUAAAUUGGUUAAUGCAGAAGAUUAACUGUUUCUGAUCAGCAUGAUGACUGAUAGGAAAGCAUCCAUGGGCUGAAUUGAUCUUAAACUUAACCUUGUUGAAAAAAAAAUUUCUUGACAGAAAGUUUGCUGAACAAGAAAGAAUCUAUAAAGAAAUAGAAAGGUAAUCAAAUAUCUUGAGAUGUUCUAAGAACAAUUUAAUGGAGAUAGACAAAGGUUGUCUUGAUCAUGAUGAACAUGUGUUUAUGAAACUAAGCAGCGAUGUGUUUAUGAAACUAAGUGUUUAUAUGUUUAUGAAACUAAGCAGCGUUCUCACAAAAGAAGCGUCAAAACUGGCACAACUGUGUUUAUACCACAUAAUAAUCUGAAAUCACCUAAAGUUAUUAAAACAGCUGUUAUGAACAAGAUUACACCUACUGCACUCAGUUCUUUAUUCCACUCAAUAAUUUGUGCCACCUUUGGCGAUUCUUCUAGAGUUGGCUUGAGCUACACAACAGCAUGCAGUAUAAUGGAAUCACCUUCAGUAUCAUCUCCGUUCCACUCAGUUAUAUAUUCAGAAGCACCACGACAUAAUAAAGCUUUAAAGUUAGCUUUCUACAAUACAGCAGCAUUGCUUUUUGCUUUUAUUAGCAUUGUGAUUACCAUUAGUUCUUAUUAUGUUCUGGAAAUUUUUAUAAGACCACUUAUUUGGGCAGCUUUAUGUGGAACUUUUUUAUAUCCAUUUAAAAAAGCAGCAACAACAUCUGUACGAAACUGGCUUGGUAAUAUACAUACUAACAGAACUCCAUUUAUUGUUGGACUGUCAAUUUUACCAUUCAAAGCUGUUGAUAAAAGUGCAGAUUUUAUGGGGAAAAUUAUCAGAACAAAUUACAAGUUAAUGGCUUUAUUUGGAGUUUUAUUACCACUUGUUUAUUAUAUUGUUAUAUUUCACGCAUUUUACCAAAUAUUUUAUGUUAUUUCACUUGGACUAGGAAUACUAGGAGAUCUUCUAUCAUUUUUUAAUUAUCCUUAUGCUGUAUGGACCAUGUUUCUCGGUUAUGCAGUUUUGUUAAUAUUUUAUAGAAAUAGUUCACCAAUAUUUCCAAUAGUUAUUUUUAAAGCCAUUUCAAUUUUUGUUUGGUUAAUGCUAUCUUUUCAUUUUGUGUCACUAGCAGGACUAUGGAAAGUUCCCUUAGCAUUAAUAUUGUGUUUAUUCAUUAUCUUUGGAGUUAUUGGAGAGCUUAAAGAUUAUUUCAAAAUUGAUAAAUUCCAUGGUAAGGAUUUCCAUGAAAUUAGCCAUUCUACUCUAAAAAGUGUUGUUGAUCAGACAUUUGCAGUUUUUGGGAUUGCAAAUAAAGACUCUGAUUCAAAUUUGCAUAAAUCUGCAGAGGGCUUAUCGGAUCACAAUCCAAAAUCUCUUGAUGGACCGAAGCUUUCAUUAUUAAAUUUAAGAAAAAAAUUAAAAAUGCAAAAAGCUGCUAAAAAGAGGAUUGGAACAAGUGAUCCAUAUUUUAUUGUGUUAUUCUGGUUAAUUGUGCUAAGUCGUGUAUGGUUUCACAUUUGGAUUUUAGAGCUGUUACCAUUUCUCCUUUUUAUUUAUAUUUUCAAAAUAGCAUAUUUGAACUUUGGAAUACCAGAUUUGAUAUACAAAAAAGUUGAAGGAUUAAUUUCAAAUUUUCUGAUAUGGUACAAUGAUAGAAAAGAUAUUAUUUUACCAGGUCCUGUUAAAAGAAUAUUUGCAAUAAUUCAGUCAGGUGACCAAAAGGUUAUUGUAUGGACCAAUUCAAUGAUGGAUAAAAUGAUGAGCGUUUUAAUAAUUUUAUCUUUAAUUGUGUUGGCGACUGUAGCUGGUGUUUUUUUCUUUGUGCAGUUCCAUCAUGAAAGUUCAUAUCUAUUAAGAGUUGCAACUGAUGUAGUUAAUCGAACAAUUUUAUCAAAUCAGCAAUAUCUCCGCUAUUUGAACCUAAAUGAUUCAGACAUCCAGACACAUAUUGAUUCAGCCAUCAAUAGUGCAUUUCUUUAUGGUAGAAUGAGAAUCUCUGGAAUCAUCAGUUCAACUGUUUCUAACAAUGAAUCCAAUGCUACAUUAGUGUCUCAGCAAGUUGAUAAGUUACUUGUGCAUCUUCAUGAUGCUUGGAUUGGAAAGAAUGAUAGUGCAUCUUCUAAAAAGAAUGAUUCAUCUUCCUUAAAGAAGUCUACUUCACUUUCAGCUAAUCAUACAAAAACAGAUAUUAACUUUUUUAAAGCACGGUUAAGCAAAAUAAAAUCACUUUUCUCUACCAGCGAUUUAGCAAAUUUAUGGAAUUGGUGCAAAGGAAAUGUUCAAAUGCUUCUUUCUCUAUCUGACUCACUUUGGGUUAUCAUAAAAGGAAAUAUGACACUAAUGUUUUCUCUUUUCACACAAAUUAUAUCUGUUGUUUUCUUCAGUGGUACCUAUCUUCUCAACACUGUUAUAUCAUGUGUUAUCUUUGCUACCUCAUUGUUUUAUUUGCUCAGUGCCUCAUCUGAACAAUAUAAGCUGGAUGAAUGGUUAAAUAGUGUAAGCAUGGGUACUCAACUUGGAGAGUCAAUCAAUGUUGCUAUUAGAGAUGUUUUUGGUGCUUCAUUUAAAAUGGCAGCAUUUUACGGUUUUUAUACUUGGUUAACACAUAGUGUAUUUGGUGCUGAGUUAGUCUUUAUUCCUGCAGCUCUUGCUGCUUCUCUUGGCGUUGUUCCUUUUAUUGGAACUUAUUGGGCAGCUGUCCCAGCUACAUUAGAAUUAUGGCUCAUUCAAGAGCAAGGAAUACUUGCUAUUAUUUUGUUUGGUCUUCACUUGCUUCCGACUUAUGUUGUAGACACUGCUAUUUACAGUGAAAUAGCUGGAGGACAUCCUUAUUUAACAGCAUUAUCGAUCGCCGGUGGUGUUUAUUGUAUUGGACUUGAGGGAGCUUUUAUUGGCCCAAUAGUUCUCUGCUGUUUGAUGGCUGCGUUUGGUGUAUACAACUCUAUUAUGAGCUCAAGUGAUGUUGAGUGUUGACCUUUUGUUCUUUGCAAUUUUCUUAUUUCGAAUGCUUUUGUUUUUUUUUAGUUGAAUAAAUUAAAAACAAAUAUGUAAAUAUUUAUACCAUGUAUGAUAUAUAAAUAAUAUUUUGCUUCUCUAUCAGCAACUAAUAUUUUGCUUCUCUAUCAAUAACUAAUAAUUGUAGUAUAGCUGUACCUUUUUAUAUUUAUUUAAUAUUCUAAUUUUCAAUAUAGUCUUCUAGUUUUUGUUGCACAAUUUUGCUUUAUAGUGUUAGUUAAUUUAAUUCUUAUUUUCUAAAUAUAUUUAUUUUGCUGUA